AUGGGGCUCACCGGUAACACAGGCGUCCUCCAAGGCGGGGAGAAGGGAGCACGCUCCCAAGAAGAGCGUCGUCGGGUGGGCUUUCUUCCCUUUUCCACGGCGUCUCUUUUUGGCGUGGGGGAGAGCGGAGCCCUCUGGGACCCAGGGCAGCUCCCCACAGCGGGGAAGCUGAGCGGCCGUAACCGCGUGAAGCUCAGGCUGCCGCAGGUGUUCGUCCACCUGCUCGAGCAGCUGCUCCUCGCCGGUGUGGAACCUCCUAUCCAGGAGCUCCCAACAGCGUUCUACCAGCCGGUGGGCUACGGGAUCCGGGUGGUGAUCCAGCUGUGUGAUUUCUGUACUGGGAGAAAACACAAAGCUGUCAAGUCCUGCCUGGUGUGUCUGGCCUCUUACUGUGAAACUCACCUCCAGCCUCACUAUGAGUUUCCAGUUUUUAAGAAGCACAAGCUGACUGAUGCCACUGGACAUCUGCAGGACAAGGUCUGUUCCCACCAUGACAAACUCCUGGAGGUCUACUGCCGUACCGACCAGCAGUGUAUCUGUUAUCUCUGUAUGUUGGAUGAUCACAGAGGCCAUGAUACAGUCUCAGCUGCUGCAGGAAAGGCGGAGAUACAGAAAGAAAUUGGUAAAACUCAGAGGGAAUUACAGCAGAGAAUUCAGAUGAGAGAGAAGGAGCUGCAGGAGCUGAGAGAGGCUGUGGCCUCAAUCACAAGCUCAGCACAGUCAGCAGUGGAGGACAGUGAGAGGAUCUUCACUGAGAUGAUCCGCUCCAUUCAGAGAAGACGCUCUGAGGUGACACAGCUGACCAUAGAUCAGGUGAAUGCUGCAGUAAGUCAGACUGAAGGGCACAUGGAGAUACUAGAGAAGGAGAUUGACGAACUGAAGAGGAGACACUCUGAGCUGGAGCAGCUUUCACACACAGAGGAUCACAUCCAUUUCCUCCAGAGGUGCCAGGGUCUUCCUGUUACCCCUCAAGCUGAAUUUGGACACAAAAUCUCAGUCUAUCCACGCUGCUCUUUGGAGAAUGUGAGGAAGGAGGUUUCUAAACUGAAGGAUCAACUGGAGAAUGUUUGCGAAAAGAAAACAGCAGAGAUCCGUCACACAGUUACCAAAGACGCCAUCCUACCGGUAUUAGUGCCCAGGACCAGAUCUCUGAAUUUCUCAAACAGAACAACCUCCUGGACCCAUUCCAGUCUGACUUCAGACCUCGAGACUAAGGCCGCCAUCCUGGAAGUUCUGGAUGUUCUCGCGGAAGAAGAAGAAGUUGCGCUCCUGGAGCAGCUCCGGAGGGAGUUCGCCGCCAUCUCUCCGGCGGCUCCACCUCAACAGCUGGAGAGGGCGGAGGAGACCUUGAGGGAGCUGCUCCGGUUGCUGUCGGAGCUGGCCCCUCCAGAGGAGGACGCGGCCCCUGCUGUACCACUGCCCUCUGAGGUUCCCGAGGCCCCUGUGAUCCCCAUUCAGCCCCCAGAGGUACCUGUAGCGCCCCCUGCUGGUGCUGAGUCUGUGGCUCCUGCGGCGCCCCCUGUUGACCCGCCGCCCGAGGCCAUUUCUGCACCUCCUGAGCGCCCUGCGACGCCCCCAGAGCCGCCUGUGUCGUCUCCUGCUCCUGCGGCGCCCCCUGCUGGCCGCACGCCCGAUGUGCCUGCGGCUUCGCCCCCUGUGACCCCGGUGCCUGCAGCUGCUGACGCCGCCCUGCCCUCGAGCUCAGCACAGUCAGCAGUGGAGGACAGCGAGAGGAUCUUCACUGAGAUGAUCCGCUCUAUUGAGAGAAGACGCUCUGAGGUGACAGAGCUGAUCAGAGAUCAGGAGAAGGCUGCAGUGAGUCAGGCUGAUGGACACAUGGAGAUACUGGAGCAGGAGAUCAAUGAACUUAAGAGGAGACACUCUGAGCUGGACAGCCUGAGAAGCAGGAAGUUCCUCCCACUCUCACAUACAGACGACUGUGAGAGAAAAGAAAUCUGUAUUAAUCGCAAAAUGGCACAAGCCGAUCUGGAUCCAAACCAGUUUAGCUGUCCGAUCUGUCUGGAUCUACUGAAGGAUCCAGUGACUAUCCCCUGUGGACACAAUUACUGUAGGUGCUGCAUUAAGAACUGCUGGGAUCAGGAAGAUCAUGGUAGAGUUUAUAGCUGCCCCCAGUGCAGACAGACCUUCACACCCAGACCUGUUCUGGGCAGAAACACCAUGCUAGCUGAAGUGGUGGAGAAAAUGAAGAUAACUGGACUACAAGCGCAUACUUUUGCUGACUGUUAUGCUGGACCUGGAGAUGUGGAGUGUGAUUUCUGUACUGGGAGAAAACACAAAGCUGUCAAGUCCUGCCUGGUGUGUCUGGCCUCUUACUGUGAAACUCACCUCCAGCCUCACUAUGAGUCUCCAGCUUUUAGGAAACACAAACUGACUGAUGCUACUGGACAUCUGGAGGACAAGGUCUGUUCCCACCAUGACAAACUCCUGGAGGUCUACUGCUGUACUGACCAGCAGUGCAUCUGUUAUCUCUGUACAAUGGAUGAACACAGAGGCCAUGAUACAGUCUCAGCUGUUACAGGAAGGGCAGAGAUACAGAAACAAAUAGGAGAAACAAAGAGAUACUUUCAGCAGAGAAUUGAGAUGAGAGAGAAGGAGCUGCAGGAGCUGAGAGAGGCUGUGGCCUCAAUCACAAGCUCAGCACAGUCAGCAGUGGAGGACAGCGAGAGGAUCUUCACUGAGAUGAUCCGCUCCAUUGAGAGAAGACGCUCUGAGGUGACAAAGCUGAUCAUAGAUCAGGUGAAGGCUGCAGUGAGUCAGGCUGAAGGGCACAUGGAGAUACUAGAGAAGGAUAUCGAUGAACUGAAGAGGAGACAUUCUGAGAUGGAGCAACUUUCACACACAGAGGAUCACAUCCAUUUACUGCAGAAGUGCCAGGGUCUUCCUGUCACCCCUCAAGCUGAAUCUGGACACAAAAUCUCAGUUUAUCCACGCUGCUCUUUGGAGAAUGUGAGGAAGGAGGUUUCUAAACUGAAGGAUCAACUGGAGAAUGUUUGCGAAAAGAAAACAGCAGAGAUCCAUCACACAGUUACCAAAGACACCAUCCUAUUGGUAUUAGUGUUCAGGACCAGAGCAGAAUUCUUACAAUAUUCCUGUCAGCUCACUCUGGACCCCAACACAAUAAACAAUAACCUCCAUCUGUCUGAGGGGAACAGAGUGGUGACAUGGAGGAGAGAGACAGAGUCAUAUCCUGAUCACCGGGAGAGGUUUGACUCCCCCAAUGUGCUGUGUAGAGAGAGUCUGACUGGGCGCUGCUACUGGGAGGUUGACUGGAGCGGGACUAUGGUCGGUAUCGCGGUCGCAUACAAAGGAAUCAACAGGAAAGGAUGGGAUGAUGACAGCUGGCUUGGACGCAAUGACAAGUCCUGGUGUUUGUACUGCUCAACCUCCAGUUACUCAUUCUGGCACAAGAAUGUGAAAACUGCAGUAUCUGGCCCCCCCUCCCCCAGGAUAGGAGUGUACCUGGAUCACAGGGCAGGAACUCUGUGCUUCUACAGCAUCUCUGAUACAGUGACCCUCCUGCACAGGGUCCAGACCACAUUCACUGAGCCCCUCUAUCCUGGGUUUGUUCUUUGGAGCAGUACAGCUAAACUGUGCCGACUAUGUUAACAGGUUGUUAAAAGUAUCCCAACAAAAAUAAAGUAAUUAAUACUAGAAAACAUGACAACUGGCAGUGAAAUGUUUGCGGCCAGUGAACCAUCAAAUACUAGAAAACAUGAGACAGACUGGAAGACAGGGAAAUGAAGAGGUUAACUGGCGCAAACAACAGGAGGCAACAGGGCAACUAGCCUUUGAAGAAACAAGGUGACCCAACUGGACAGACUGAGAGGAACCCUUCUUGGCUCUGGGACUUCUCCCGAGGAACCCUCAUAGUUCUGGGACUCAAACCCAGACAGGGACCAACAGAAAAGACGAGGACUGACCCGAAAGGACAGGCUCAGAACAAACACAACAAGGCAAUUAACAAGGCUGGAGCACGCAAGUACACAGAUGGGUGGAGGUUCAAUGACUGAACCAGGGUCGCAAGAAACACUUGGCUUAACUAGACAUAGUUGUAGGAGUGGCAUGAAAAUCUAUUGUGGAAAAUGGGGAAAUAACGAACAUGAAAGUAAAUAUAAAAAAAUUAUACAAUUAUACAGAUGUCAUAUGCAUAUCAGUCAUUCACUGAUAGAAAUAUAAUACUCAAGACUUUAGUAAGUAGCUAAGAUUUCUGUUAACAACAAUGGGUUUAUACAGUAAAUUGCACAAAAUAAUUCAUUAAAUGAAAUGAAACAAAUCAAAAGAAAAUUGUUUUGUGAAAGAGUGAUUUUUACAUGGUGACUUAGAUUAUUGGAGAGAUUAAAACCAGUAUAAAUUCCUUCGUGCUUUUGCCAUAUACAGUACCUGUGUGAACAACUAACGAUGAUUAUUUUAGUGGGAUAAUUCCGAAGUCUUUAAAUCAUUUAUCUAUUUUAUCCAGUUUGAAUUUGGAAAACCAGCAAAUUAAUAAAUGUUCUAGCAGUUUA